UAUUUGCCUUUGCAGUAUGGAUUUAUCAAUACGUGCCUGAAGUCUUUGGUGGUUGAAAAGUACGGUGAAGAAACAUGGGAAAAAUUAAGACUGCAGGCUGGUGUCCAGGAUUCAUUCUUGACUUUCGAGGUUUACAAAGAUGAGAUCACAAUGCAGCUUGUCGACAAAGCCUGCAAAAUAUUGGGUGUUCCUGCUGAUACAGUUCUGAGAGAGUUUGGAGAGUAUUUCUUUGAAUUCUGUAAACGCUCAGGCUAUGACCACAUGCUGAGGACACUGGGUGGAAAUCUCUAUGAGUUCAUAGAGAACCUGGAUGCAUUGCACAGCUACCUGUCCCUUUCUUACCAGGAGAUGAAUGCACCAUCUUUUAGAGUAGAAAAGAAUGAAGACGGGUCAAUGCAUUUACACUACUAUUCAGACAGAAGAGGUCUGUGCCAUAUUGUGCCAGGAAUCAUCAGUGCGGCAGCCCUGGAUUUUUUUAACAUUGAGAUUUCAAUGGAAAUAGUCAAUCAAACAGAAGAAGAAGAAAGAACUGGGAAAAAAGAACAUAUUGUUUUUCUUGUCACUCAAACCCCUGUGUUUUCAUACAAGGAAAGAAAUGAAUUUUCUUCCUCACCUCAGAAUCUGGCUGACUCUGAAAAACAAAUUGAGAACCAACUGAAUAAAGAGGACCUUGAAAAAAGCAAGAAUACAAUUAGAGACAGAGGAAGCUCUGUUUGUCCUGCCAAGAAAAGCCACUGGAAAACAAUAAGAGGAAUAAUCACGUUAGGAAAAGGUAAGCUCCUGAGAGGAUUUGAUCCUGUUUACCCCAAGAGCCUCUGGAUUGACACAAAAACAUUUUGCAAUGGACUUCCUUUUCAUAUGGUUUUUGACAAAGAGCUCAGAGUGAAGCAAGCUGGGGUGAGCAUUCAGAAGAUUGUACCUGGCCUCCAGACCAUGGGCAUCUGCUUGGAUCACUAUUUCAGUAUCGUUCACCCAGAAGUACCCUUCACCAUCUCUAGCAUUCAGAAAUUCAUCAACAGCCAAUUUGUUUUCCAGACUAGAAGAGAGAUGAUGCCAGAGUCAUGGAAACACCGGCCAAUGCUAGAGCUGAGAGGGCAGAUGAUCUGGAUGGAGUCCCUGCAGUGCAUGCUCUAUCUCUGCUCACCUUUGCUUCGCACUUUGCAUGAACUGGAGGAGCGACAGAUGCAUAUCGCAGACAUUGCACCUCACGACGUGACCAGGGAUUUGAUUCUUCUCAAUCAGCAGCGACUGGCAGAGAUGGAGCUCUCUAACCAGCUGGAGAGGAAGAAGGAAGAACUGCGGAUAUUGUCGAAGCACCUGGAGGAAGAGAAGAAGAAGACUGAAGCUCUGCUCUACGCCAUGCUUCCUCAGCAUGUGGCCAACCAGCUGAAAGAGGGGAAGCAAGUUGAGGCAGGAGAGUUCAAGGAGUGCACUAUAUUGUUCAGCGAUGUUGUGACCUUUACCAACAUUUGUGCCCAAUGUGAGCCUAUUCAGAUAGUUCUCAUGUUAAAUUCAAUGUACCUGCAAUUUGACAGACUGACCACGGUGCAUGAUGUGUACAAGGUGGAGACAAUUGGAGAUGCCUAUAUGGUAGUAGGUGGGGUCCCUGUGCCUGUACCCACUCAUGCUGAGCGAGUUGCUAACUUUGCCUUGGGGAUGAUAAUAGCAGCUACAGGAGUACAGAACCCAGUUUCUGGAAAUCCUAUCCAAAUUAGAGUUGGGAUCCAUACAGGUCCUGUCUUGGCUGGAGUUGUUGGAGAAAAGAUGCCUCGUUAUUGCUUGUUUGGAGACACGGUGAAUAUAGCUUCCCGAAUGGAAAGUCAUGGUGUCCCGAGUAAAAUUCAUCUAAGCUCCAGUACCUAUCAAUGCCUAAAAUACAAGAAUUUUGAGAUGACUGAAAGAGGAGAAAUAGAAGUAAAAGGCAAAGGGAAAAUGCACACAUACUUCCUCAUUAGAAAUAAAACUGCAACUGAGAAUGAGAUUAUGGGAAGGCCAAUGAAAGACUUAGAUUCUGGCCAUGAAUCUGGUCAGUCCUUUCAAGAAGGCAGGACUGAAACAAUACCAAGUUGUCAUCAGCCAGUUACUCAGACUCAGCCAGAGAAGGACCAGACCCCAGCCAUUGCAAUGAAGUAUAUUGAUGGCCCUGCAGAUGCACAAAACAGCCCCAAAAGAAGAAAUCAAGCAAAAAUUGCAGAUUUAACAGGCAAAACUUGUGAUUCCAAAAGCGAUGGGAGUCUCCGUGGCAACCAGCACGCAGACGAUGGUCCUUGUCCUCUAAACCGUGGAAGAGUCAAACCUGCUACUGAAGAGCCACAGAUUAGAAACAUUCGCUCUAAUUUUUGCACUUUACUCUAA